GCGAAGUGAAGAAACAUAAAAGCAGGCAAAAAAAAGUUAUUCAAAGUUUAUACGUGGCGUCGUUCGCUGUAACUCUCUCACAGUAUUAUUUAACCUGUUUAUGUAAAAUUCAAGAUACUAAACAUUUUCACGCUGAACCUGCGCUACUAGUUUGAAAAGAAAUGGCCGAUUUCGGUCCAGCAAACACAGCAAAUAACAACACUUUUGAGUCUUUUAAUGCCGAGCUUUUUAAAGACCCGAAAUCUCAAGAAUUAAACGAAAGUAAAGACAGUGACGAAGGAUUUAGUUCGUCAUUCUCUCCAACCAGCGAGUCUUCAAUGAUACAAGAGCAAGCUAUUGCAACAAGCUUACAUUUAUGGGGAAAUAAUUCUGAUAAAGAAGAACCGUAUUUUAUGACCCAAAUGGCUCCAGUUAACACUAUAAAUGCUUUUCAAACUACAAAUUCCAGAAGAGUAGUUCAAGCACCAUCUCCGCUUCAUCAUGAUCAAGUAAGAAAGCCAACUCCUGCUCUAUCUAAUUUUUUAGCUUCGAAUAAAGCCAUCGCAAGUUCGCUUGGUGUUGCAGGAGGUUGGAAAAACCAACAACAAACAACUCAAGUCUCUUCUUGGCCAAUGAGUCAUCCUGCUCCUAUUGGAGCAAAUACAAUGAACUCAAACUGGAAUGGUAAUCAUAUGAGGAAUGGCAUGGGGAACAUCCCUUUAUCAAUGGUUCAAGUAAGCAACACACAGCAAAUCAAUCUACAUCAACAACAACAAAAAAUUGCUGCACAGCAAAAACCCAAUGGUAUUUUACCCUACAACCCUGGAAAUCAGGCUUUUUAUCAACAACAACAACAAGCAGUCUUAGCUUCCGUCCAAGCUAAUAACAUGAAAAAUAAAAUUUUUAACUCUCCACUAUCCUUCAAUGGGAUUAAUACAAGUCAGAAUUCUGUUUCUAACAUCAAUUCGGGUAUUGAUAAUACUAUUGUCAACGACAUUUCUCACUUGACGAACAGCUUUUCAAAUUUGACCGCAGCGAGUGAUCAUAACAGCAACAACGCUGGAAGUAAUGGUUUUUUCAGUAACCAGGAAAGAAGAAAUAACGAGGAAAGUAUGAAAUAUUCAUCGUUGGAAAGCCGCUUUUUGGGAGAUGUUUUUAAGUCGACUCUUGAAAACGAUAAUCUGCCUAGUUACGAUGCCUUUCGAGGGUAUUCACAUAGCAACAAAAAGAAUUUCCCACGUGGACGAGAAGAUCAGAUUGUCCCAUCGCUUGGUUCCUCAUUAAAUGGCUCGCCAAGAUCAGACCUCGAUUUUGGCAUUGAAAGAUUUUCCAGAAAAGUGUUCGUAGGCGGACUACCGCCUGAUAUCGAUGAAGAUGAAAUUCAUGCAAGUUUUUGCAGAUUUGGUCCUCUUACUGUGGAUUGGCCACACAAAGCUGAAAGCAAAUCAUAUUUCCCACCAAAAGGUUAUGCCUUUUUAUUGUACAAAGAUGAAAUAUCUGUGCAACGUUUAAUUGAUUGCUGCAUAAUGCAAGAUGGAAAGUUGUAUUUAUGUGUGUCAAGUCCAACUAUAAAGGAUAAGCCGGUGCAAAUCCGUCCAUGGAAUCUGGCUGAUGCUGACUUUGUUAUGGAUGGUUCUCAACCUCUUGAUCCAAGAAAAACAAUAUUUGUUGGUGGAGUUCCAAGACCAUUGAGAGCUGUGGAGUUAGCAAUGAUAAUGGAUCGUCUUUAUGGCGGAGUUUGUUAUGCAGGAAUUGAUGUUGACCCAGAACUUAAAUAUCCUAAAGGUGCUGGAAGAGUUGCCUUCUCUAACCAACAAAGCUAUAUUGCUGCUAUAAGUGCAAGAUUUAUCCAACUACAACAUGGGGAAAUUGAUAAGAGAGUUGAAGUAAAACCUUAUGUCCUUGAUGAUCAAAUGUGUGAUGAAUGUCAUGGUGUGAGGUGCAACGGGAAAUUUGCACCAUUUUUUUGCUCAAACAUUACAUGCCUUCAAUAUUAUUGCGAGCAAUGCUGGGCUAUUAUUCACUCGCGUCCAGGUCGUGAAUUUCACAAGCCUUUGGUCAAAGAAGGAGGGGACCGACCAAGACAAGGAACCUUAGGGCUGAGAUGGCCAUUGAAGACGCAGCCCAUGCCAUCCUUACCUUCAAUUCCACUUCUUCAAUAAAUUAUUUUUUUAUUCUGGGGUGUUCUAGUUUUAAUUUAUGACAGGUUUUAAUGUCAACAUGGAUGUGUAAAUAUUUCUUUUUCUUACAUUUGCUGGCUAGCUUUUCUGCUAGCUGUUUUUGUCUACUUUAAUGAAUUCAAGUUUAUAUUUUAUCAAUCCAAUGAAAUGUUUCAAGUUUAUAUUUUUCUGAUGAAAAUAAUGGUGAUAGCAUUUGAUUGGGUGACUCUUCUCAUCAAGUCUUUAAAUAACGUAUAGUCUAAUUAGCUUCUUUAAAGAGAAAAUUAUUUCGAUUUUUUUGGUUAAAUGUUUUGUUAGCUUUAGAGAAACUUAGGAUAGUCAGAUCGAAGUGUUAGAAAGUUUUUUUUACAAAGUUGUGUAAAACUAUUCACAAAGGCUGCCUUCUUUAGCCUGAGGCAUACCCUGGACUACAAAAGGGCAGCUUUAGGCUAAAAAGGAUCGAUAAGUCUUGUUUGGUAUGUAGAGUUUUUUUAUUUGUCUUAAAAGUAUAAGACUAAAUAUUUAUUUUUUCCUUAUAAUUUUUAAAGAAUGCAAAAUUACUGUGCAUAGUACCAAGCGCCGCUACACUUUGGAAUUUGUGGCAAGUUUUAUCCACGUUAUAUUGUUAUGAAAUGUUUAUUUAUUAUUGUUGUAUCUUGAAAAUGAUAAUUUUUUAGAAUUUUUUAAGAAACUUUGAUUGUUACAUAUUUCCACUUUUUCACCCUUCUCAACUCAAUACCUAAAACCUAAAAAUUACCACAAAAGUUGUUAGAAUCAAAAUUUUCACAUAUGUACUGAACUAGCGUGAACAGAACUGACUUAAUAGUGUCUCAGUGUUUUUCUCAAUAAGACGCCAGUCAUUGCUUUUUGCCUGUUUAUUUGACGAAAAAAUGUUUCUGAACAUUUUGUACUUAAAUUGGUUGCAUUCUAGUGUAUUAGACGAAAAGUUGUUUUCUUGUGCAACUAUAAAUGUUUUAUUAUUAUUCGAAUUAUUUUGCAUGAGAGUUUUUCAGAAAGAUCUAAGUUUUUGAGUUCAUAUUUUUUUUCUUUUUUAAUAACUAAUUAUUAAGCUACCAUAAUGUGAUAUGGUAGAAUUAUUUACUCACAAAUUUACAUACAAGACAAAAUCGAUUACUUUUUAUUAACGAAAACAAAUCGUAAAUUAUUCGACUGUUUGAAAACGUCAUGAUGAGUGACUGAAUUCGAGAGGACGUCGACUGAUACACGUCACAGCUGGAGAUGUUUUUUUUUAAUGACUUUUACCAGUUAAGCAUAUUCAAUAAGUUAAUCCUUUAUACAUUUUAAAUGGUUAUUAUCUAUGUUUUUAAUAUGAAAUUAAUAGUUUUUGGAAGUAGUUUUUACGUUUCCUUACCGUUGUCGUGAGACACCCUUAUUUUUGGUAUUUUACAUUUUCUUAGUUAUAAAAAAAUAUUUUAUCACUUAUUAUUUUAAUUUUUUCCCUUUAUAUCUUUAAAGUUCAAAUUUUUUUUGAAAGAAAAUGUUACAACAAUUAUUAUAAAAAAAAGUUGUAAUUGCAUAUUGUAUUUUAUCAUUUAUAUAACAAUAAUGAUUUUUUUGACGAAAGGGUAAAUUAUAUGAUUUUUUGAGAUGAAGUUGCUUUUCAGAAUUAUGUUUUUGUAUGUUUAAAUAUUAUGAAUAUUCUCUGUAAGCGUUUCAACUGUUUCCCGCCCUAAAUCCCCCUGCCUGCUAGUUGUUCGUUGGACAAUCACGAAUCAGUACUAUGUUUCUUACUCGCUCUUACUUCAUUAACGGUGAAUCUAAAUGGUUUAAAUCCUGAUCAGCAAAGUGUCAAAAUCCUGUAAAAUGAAUUAAAUUCCCACUGGAACGCUUGCAGGGACUGUUUUUCUACCGCACAAAUUGUUUAUAUAUUAAGAAAUUGUUACACUCUGAUAGUACUACAUUAUUUUGUGUAUCACCCGCUUUUUAUUUGAGUUGGAGUGGUAUAUAUAGAAGAGAAUAAAAUAAUCACGUUGAAAA